AAAGUACUUUGCUGGAUAUUCUUCCCUGUGUUGUCUAUCUUGCUUGGGCUUUAGAAGCAUCUUUCUUCUUGGCUAUUUCUUGGCUCUCUGCUCCUGUUCUGGAAGGCCCGCAGGCCUGACUUUGUCUGCAUGUCCGUCCCUGAGGCAUAUGUGGAGUUCAUUCUGUUUUCUUGUAUGCAGGACCAUUCUGCCUAACCACUGCACCCUGAGCCACAUUUGAGUGCCACCUGUUUGAAAAGGGAUCUGUCAGCCUGAGUUUUCUGUAUCCUCGAUGCCAGUCAGAGUUCUAGACACUUGUGUAAUUCCAUAAUCACUUAAAACACUUCCUGAAACCAAACUAUCAAUAAAUGGUGUCUGUAUCCUCUUUAUCACUUACACCAAAGGGAACACAAGUCUUAUCACUUGUUUGACGUUUCGCUGCUUUUUUCUUGGUUCUUAAAUGUACUACCCUUUUUUCUUUAGCCUGCAGUUUACCAAAAUUGAUCUUCCUUCUCCUGCAAGGGUAGUAUUGCUAAUUUUUCUUUACAAGGUGGGAGUAUAUGCACUUACCACACGGUGGCUAAUGUGAAGACUAGGCAUAAUGUAAAGUCUUUAUCCUAUUGCUAGACACAGGGUAAGUCUUCAGUGAAUAGUAGCUGUCCACUAAUUUUGAUUAUCUUUGCUCCACUUCUUUGUCUUUACUACAGAAGCAGCAAAGUGCAUAGCUAAAAAUAUGGGACAUAGACCCCUGAGAACCUGUAUUUUCUGCUUACUUCUCCUUUAGGAAAUAGGUCAGUUUCCUUACCGGCCUUUGCAGUUAUUAGAAGUAUAAAGUAAGGUAAAGGCUAUAUAUAGAGAGAAUGUUUCUUAACAAUCUGUUACUGUGCAGAUGCUCCUUGUUUUUCCUGCAUUGCGCUCCUAAACCUUGUAGUGUCUGAAACUUGGUUUCAGAAGUUUAAAAGAAGUGUAAUGAGUUUUUCUCUCUUCUUUUUGUAGGUUAACUCUAUCCACAGUAAUGGCUGCGGCCUUACCCAGGACCCUGGGGGAGUUGCAGCUGUAUAGAAUAUUGCAAAAAGCCAAUCUGCUUUCUUAUUUUGAUGCCUUUAUCCAACAAGGUGGUGAUGACGUCCAGCAGCUCUGUGAAGCUGGAGAAGAGGAGUUUUUGGAAAUCAUGGCACUGGUGGGCAUGGCCAGCAAGCCCCUUCAUGUUAGAAGGCUACAGAAGGCUUUGAGAGACUGGGUUACAAACCCUGGUCUCUUCAAUCAGCCGCUGACCUCCCUUCCUGUCAGUAGCAUACCUAUCUAUAAACUACCAGAGGGAUCACCUACGUGGCUGGGAGUAUCCUGCAGCAGUUACGAAAGGAGUAGCAAUGCCCGGGAACCGCAUUUAAAAAUCCCCAAAUGUGCUGCUACCACCUGUGUGCAGAGCUUGGGGCAGGGGAAGUCAGACGUGGUGGGAAGCUUAGCACUGCAGAGUGUUGGUGAGUCCCGGCUCUGGCAGGGCCACCACGCUACGGAGAGCGAGCACAGCCUCUCCCCAGCAGACCUUGGCUCCCCUGCGUCCCCAAAGGAGAGCAGCGAGGCCCUGGAUGCUGCUGCUGCGCUCUCUGUGGCUGAGUGUGUGGAGCGCUUGGCUCCCACCCUGCCAAAAAGUGACUUGAAUGAAGUGAAAGAACUGCUAAAAAGCAACAAGAAGUUGGCUAAAAUGAUUGGUCACAUCUUUGAGAUGAGUGAUGAUGAUCCCCACAAAGAGGAGGAAAUUCGGAAAUACAGUGCAAUAUAUGGCAGAUUUGACUCUAAGAGAAAGGAUGGAAAACAUCUCACACUCCAUGAGCUCACUGUUAAUGAAGCAGCUGCUCAGCUCUGUGUGAAGGAUAAUGCCCUACUGACACGAAGAGAUGAACUUUUUGCAUUGGCUAGGCAGAUUUCUCGAGAAGUCACCUAUAAAUAUACUUACAGAACCACCAAGUCAAAAUGUGGUGAAAGAGAUGAAUUAUCCCCAAAGAGAAUUAAAGUGGAGGAUGGCUUUCCAGACUUCCAGGAUUCCAUGCAAACACUCUUCCAGCAGGCAAGAGCGAAGAGUGAAGAACUCGCAGCUCUUAGUUCACAGCAGCCUGAAAAGGUGAUGGCAAAGCAGAUGGAGUUCCUGUGCGCGCAAGCUGGCUACGAGAGACUGCAGCACGCAGAGAGGAGGCUGUCUGCCGGGCUGUACCGGCAGGGCUCCGAGGAGCACAGCCCCAACGGGCUGCCUGCGGAGAGCUCCGAAGGCCCAGGAGAAAGACCUUUGAAUCUCCGAAUACCUAAUUUACCAAACAGGCAGCCUCAUCAUUUUAUGGUGGAUGGGGAGCUGAGUAGACUUUACUCUGGUGAGGCCAAGUCUCACUCAUCAGAGAGUCUUGGGAUUUUAAAAGACUACCCUCACUCAGCUUUCACUUUGGAAAAGAAAGUCAUCAAAACGGAGCCUGAGGACUCGAGAUAGCUGGGUUCCUACACUCUUCUCUGGAAAUGGCAUCAGAUUUAAGGAUAAUGCUCCAUCGUAGAAAUAAGCCUUAAUAACCAGUGUUGCCUCAUUCAGCUCAAACAGAUUUCAUAGCCAAAGCAUAAGGACUUAUUCAUUAGUCUGUGGAAACCAAGAAGACAAAAUAGCAGCCCCAAAGGAGAAAAUCAAGAAAGUGCUGCAGCCUGUAACAAAUACUGACCCAUUCACAUUCCUGUGUAAGUCGCUAUAUGUGGAAAGGCUUACAAGUUAAUAUUGUAAGCAUUCAUUAUUUAAGAAUGUAAGAUGUAUUUGUGUAAUUUAUAAACUUAAAAUCUAGAUGUCCAGACCUGUUUGGUUGGUCUAGUGGAUGUGGAUACAGUUUAUUUUACUUGAAAUUUUUGUUGUCUACUUUAAGUGUAUUUAGCGUAAAUAUUAUUAUACGUCAGAGUUUAGGAUCUUUGCAGUCAAAAAAGAAAGUUUAAGUGACGUUGUUAUUGGCAAGGUUGCAGUGACUAGAAAAAUACUCAGUUUAAGCUAAGGAAAAUAUUUUGUGUUUAAUAUUUGAUAAAACUGAUUUUGUUUAAUAGGAAAUGGGUGGCAUUUAUUCAGUAAUGUAGUUUUCACUGGUUUAAUUAGUGCACAUUUAUACAAUGUUGAAGGAAAGAUAAAAAAGAGAAUAGAAAAUACAUCUUACUUAGUUGACCCAGAUUGGACUCUAUUAUAGCUGCUUAUGGUGCAACAAAGAGAAGGCUACUACUUGGACAGAGAACUUGAAACAAAUGCCUCGAUUUAAUGUUGGUAUUUCAGAAUGUGCUAAAUAGAUUAAGACAUAGUAUGUUAACUUUAAAUGUGACAAAGACGGUAACGUCACAAAGCUAUAAGAGAUUCUGUGUUCUGUAUCCAGCAGUCCUCCCUGUGCAGGAGCCGCAGAGACACAGUAGCUCCUGCAGGACAUCUGCUGCCAGGACGUCACAGGUGUGCACUUCCCCUUGUCCGUGUGGCAGACAUGGUUUCAUGGAACUUCAGUUAACAGCUAUAGCUCAAUAUUUAUUUAUAAUUUCAUUUUUUUAUACCUCCCAGGUUUUUGAAUGUUUUUUUUCUAUAAAAUGUAUUCAAUUUGGCAGUAUGUGUUAAAUUUCCCCUGGUCAAUUAGUGAAGUAUGUGCAUAUAUAUUUUUUCUAUAUAUAUAUAUGAAGAUAUAGAUAGAUGUUAAUAUACUGACAUAAUUAUGAGAAUUUCACAUUUGAAUUCAUAGUGGUACAAAAACAAAUCCAACAUCUGCCAAUAUACACCUUUCUCCUGCUGGUUUAAGAAAAGAUAUUUGACAGUUUACGUAAUUCCUACGGAUCUACCUAACCACUUAUUGCCAAGAAGAGUGUAUAAGUGUGUGUAUGUCUUUAGUUCUGCUUCAGAUCAUAACUGGGUAAUAAAUACUAAGUCAUAAUGUGUUAUAUUGAAAUUCAUCAACCCACUGUUAAAUGUCUGCUCUGUGGUCUCUGAUCACUGUCACAUAUAUACUUGCUUUUUCAUUUUGGUACAUAGGAGAGCUUUACAGUAGAAACACCAGUAAACAACUUUUAUACUAUUAAAAGGCGUUUUUCUCUUGCUGAACGUUUUAAUUGUACCAUAGCAUUUUUCCCACUGAAGAAGUUUCUUGUGAACUUUGCGACUUUGUUGCUAGCUUAAAGUUAAUUAUUGUGGUUGUAUCAUUCACUGUAUGUAAAGUGUAGUAUGCGUACGAUUUAAAUAGAAUGUUGUUUUUUAAUAUUAGCCAUAGCACUGGUUAGUAUCUCAGUAGUUUCAUGAAACGUUUUCUGUAUUCUAAUCUAUUUUGAGAAAUUUUGUGGUCUUUUUUUUAAAUUGUGUCUUAUAGUUCAAGUUUGUAGAUUUUAAUAAGAAACAGUUUUUAAAGAUGCAAUAAACUUCCAACUACUAUUUAUCCAUCUGUCACGGACCCACAAACUGCAUCUUUAAGUCAUAAGUAAGUUUCCUUAAGUAUCAUACUUCUCUAUCUUUCAAGCUUAGUGGUGAGGAAGCACAAGAAAAAUUUCAGUAGAAUACAGUUUUUAUUUUGUAAACACUAAUGUAUUAAACUUGCUAUACAUUAAAGCAAAUAAUAUAUAUUUUUAUUUGAAAUGUAUAUAUGAAUUGGAUGCUAUAACUAGUUGAUGUUUUUCAUUGUGUUAGAGGUAUUUUCACUAAACAAGGUCAAUUGGUUACCUCAGUAUUCCAGCCAAUAUAGCCCAAGGGACCAUUUCCCCGAGUCUGUUAUACUUUAUUGUGUGAAGUCUGCAUUUUUGUGGCUCUCAAAGCUGUUGGUGAGGUGGGAUGAGUGCACUUGCUUUCUGUGGCAAUAAAGAUUUUCUUUGCCUCA